AUGUCAAAGGUGAAAAAAACGUGUCACUCAAAGUUGGCGACAGGUAUAAAUGCCGCGACCGUCCAACGGAUUAGCCAGAAGUCUCUGUCUCUUUCUCCUAACCCACAUCUUAGUACCCACACCUUGGACCACUAAACCAGGCAACGACUGAAGAGCCAGAGGAUAGACUCGCAGCGAUGGGCUCGUGCCAAUUCCUUGCAUCUUUGGUCCUGUUCAUGUGCUGUCAUGUACUCUCCUCACGAGCAUGGUCAGUCAACAACUUCCUAAUGACAGGACCCAAGGCACAUCUCACUUAUACAAGCAGUGUCCAGAUUGGUGCACAACGCGGCAUAGAGGAAUGUAAACAUCAGUUCUCAUGGGACAGGUGGAACUGUCCGGAGAGCGCCCUACAAUUAUCAACACAUAACGGGCUGCGAAGUGCGACAAGGGAGACAGCUUUUGUCCAUGCCAUAAGUGCAGCUGGAGUUAUGUAUACCCUAACUAAGAACUGCAGUAUGGGGAGCUUCGAGAACUGCGGCUGUGACGAUUCAAAAACAGGCAAAAUGGGAGGUAGAGGUUGGAUUUGGGGUGGUUGCAGCGACAAUAUUGAUUUUGGGGAGAACAUUUCCAAGCAGUUUGUAGAUGCGUUGGAAAAUGGUCACGAUUCUCGCGCUGCAGUCAACUUGCACAACAAUGAGGCUGGUCGACUCGCGAUCAGGUCAACGAUGAAAAGAUCUUGCAAAUGUCAUGGAGUCUCCGGGAGCUGCAGCAUCCAGACCUGCUGGAUGCAACUUUCAGACUUUCGCGACGUCGGAAAUUAUCUGAAAGUUAAACAUGACCAGGCUCAAAAGUUGGAGAUGGACAAAAGACGUAUGAGGGCAGGGAACAGUGCAGACAACAGAGGGGCCAUCUCGGACACUUUCAGCACCAUCGCGCGCACAGAGUUAAUUUAUAUGGAAGAUUCGCCUGAUUACUGCGUGAAAAAUCUUAGCCUUGGACUACAUGGAACCGAGGGAAGAGAAUGUCUGCAAAGUGGGAAGAACCUGUCCCAAUGGGAAAAACGAAGCUGCAGAAGGCUAUGCCAUGAUUGUGGUUUGAAAGUGGAGGAGAGGAGGACAGAGACAGUCAGCAGCUGCAACUGCAAGUUCCACUGGUGCUGCACAGUGAAGUGUGAGAAAUGUACACAAGUUGUGACGAAAUAUUUUUGUGCCAAAAGAAACCGUAGCCGCAGGCCGCACAACACGAGGCGAAAACAGCGCACACGAAACAGUUAA